CACAUGUGUAAACAUUCAUCUGUAACGGGUCAGUCCGUAGCCCAAGCUACGGACAUGCAUCAACGACCUUAGGUCUCCAGGCUACUUCGUCUCCAGUACUUCCAUAUCCUGACCUGAUGGCUUGAUGCUAAGCACUACAUGAGUACAUGAGUACAUGAAAGACUUCUCUGAAUAUUCCAUGAUGUUGUGCGACCGCAGCGCUGGGCUUUGUAUUUUUCAGACGGGCCUAUCUAUUUGUUCUUCAUCCCAUUGGCAAGCGCAAGGCGUUACGAAACAGGCCCCUUCAACAAGACGUUCUCAGCAGCGCCACAACCCAGACAUGGUCAGAUUGUCCUUACAUCCGGUGAUGUUCGAUCAGUGGAAAUUGUCACUGCCAACAACAGAAGCAUCCUUGUUUCAAGGUCGGCUUGAAUGGUCACCGACCGCUAGUGGAACUAGGAAAGCGCCCCGGGGCAUAUCAUGGCUCGCUUCCCUGCUGCUGCUGUCUGCCUUCUUGUCUUUAGACUUGGAGCUACUAAGUAGGAUUAUCCCUGGCCCUGCGUGCAUGGGUAAGGUUGUGUAUGUUGGGCCAGAGUUUGACCAUUACUUUGUUCGGAUCCAUAUCCUGAAAUAGCACACGAAUUCUCGUUCGAGAGCUCAGGAUUGCACUGCCACUGUGCUCCCGAUGCCUUCCUACAGUGUUUCGACUACCCUUAUGUUGUAUAUGCACGG